GCGUAGAUCCACAAGGACCAAUUUCAUUAACACACCAGGUCCUGUCAUUAGAAAUUUAGUAUCUGAAAAGAGGAUUAAUAACAUUUAUAUUGUGGAAAAUUACAACAACAAGUGUUUAUUGAAGUAAAAUUUCUGAUUUUUGAAAAUGGAAGAUUUGAAUUAUAAGAAUUUAAAUACUAUGCAAAUUGGAACAAUUACUUGAUUGUGACACCGCUACUUAACUGAAUUAUAUGUGAAAGACAAUAUAUAACUCAAGAUGGCAGAAGAUAAUUACCUUCCAGCUAGUCUCGAGAAAUUAGAGAUUGAUUCACACAGGGAAACGUACAACUUUAAGCAUGUAAACCCAUUCAGUCGGGAAGGUGGUCGUACCUGUAAAAAGGUGUCAAAUCCUAUUGAUGAAACGUUUGGAAAACUCAGUUUUUCUGGAGAGGAAUGUACUAGUACAUCAUGCCAUUGUAAUGUUCAGUUCUUGGCCGUUUCAUCUGCAGCACACCAUGAUAGUCUGUGUGAUGACUGGUCCAAUUGCAAACGGGUACUUCAUGUUCAUCCUACAGUUACCUUCAAGAGGAACCUUGUACGAAAGAGCAAGCUGGGUGUUGUUUGUGCUGUGAGAAAGACAGAUAAGAGUAAUAAAAUUUUGAAGGAACCUGUUUUGAAACUUGUAAAUAGGUCACUGCAGAAUAUGUUGCCACUCAACAAAAUUGAUGUUAGAACGAUCCCUAUAUCAAAAUUGGCUACUGAUAAGGCUGUGCAAGAAAGUGUCACUGUUCCAUUGCAUAAUUCUGUAAGCAGUUCUAAAUCGCAAGAGUUGUUUGGUCACAGCAUUAUUUCACACCAAGAUUUUAGGUCUCUCCUUUCAUUGUCAACAAAAGUUUCUUCCACAGACAGAAGCCAGAGUUACAGUACCCCUAGCUUUCAUCACAUGCGUGCAAAUUGUAGAUCCAAACAGAUGUGUAUGGGAGAGCCAAAAGUAGGGAAGAAAAUGUCUUCAGGGGAGAACACGUGUGUUGGCUGUGUGAUGAAGAAGCUGGCAGCAACUGGGCUUACACACAACAAUGGUAACAACUCAGGUGGUCAGUCAUGCUCACAGCAAGCCAGGAUGACUGUUUCUGGUUCUUGUGAUGAUGUUACAAUUGAUGAAUUAGCCAGCUACUUUGAUGUCUUUGUUCAUAUCCCUAAAAAAAUGUCCCACAUGGCUGAGAUGAUGUAUAUUUAGGAGCAUGGUCAGUCAGUAAUUUCUCCUUCUUAAGUAAAAUUUUGACUAGUUUUUCAUAUGUUAACUUCGUGUUUAUAAACAAAAAUUAAGUACUAUUUUGUAUGUCAGUUUUUCUAAAUACAGUUUAGGUGUCUAAUUUCCCAGCCAAACAGUACAAUUGUAGCUGCCAUGAAAGCUUUCACUAUUGCUUUUGUAAUACAACACAUUGAGGCUGAAGAAAUUACUGUUAUUACAUAGACGCUCCAGAGAACAGAAUGCAUGGCAGGAAAAUACGUGAAGAGACUACAGUAAUAUUGUACAAAGACUGCAUUGCAUUACACAGUAAAAGCUAGGUAUGUUUCUGCUGGCGAUUUCAAUUACCAGUAUAGGCAUAUCUCCAUAUUCACAUGGAAAAAUCACCAGUAGUGAAAAUGAAUAAGAUCAUUGGCUGUGCUAAUGAACUGUAUACUUACACAUAAUGCAGUACUUUAAAUUAAAACAUAACAGCAGUUGAACAGAGUUCAUGGCUAUGAGCAUAUUGUUAAAAGUACUAAAAAGAAUCCCCCUCACAGAGUGUGCAUACAGGUGACUUGUUUGAUGCAAGGCAGGGUUUACUCAGUAAUGCUGUUAUUGGCAACUGCUUUCUUUUCUUACUCAUUUUCUGUGUUUCUGAAUAAGGCUACAUAGCAAUAUCAAACUCAUGUUUAUUCCCAGACUUCUUUCCAGGAGUGGGCCAUAAACAUUAAAAAGCACUAUGGGUAAAUUUUAUAAGAAAAUUCUUGAUAAUGUAUUGGUAGCUUGGCCACAAAUGGUGACUAUAAUUUGUAAUUAAUAAUUUGUCUUCGUAAAACUGCCAUUUUAAAAUACAUGCAGUGUGUACACAAUGCGAAGUCAGAUGGAGUAUAUAUUUAUGUAUGUUUGUUAUUUCAAACACUGUUUUUGUAAGAUAGCUGGUUUAUAUACUACCUUUUGUGAGGUCACUCAUGUUUUUUUUUCUGGCUGUACUUUAUUUAUUACUUAAUACCUUCUGUUUCUUUAUCUGAACUUACAAUGAACAAUAAGGUAAGUUUAAGGUUUUCAUGCGU